AUGUCGCAAACACUCUAUGGUAGUCGCAAAUCAAAUGUGACAGCCAAUAAGGAGCGAGCUAAUCUGUCUGACCCCUGCUACAACUACACUGUGCUGGACGAUCCAUGGAGAUCCAUCAAUUAUACAGAUGUACAAUAUAAGUGUGACACAUCUUUCAUGUGGAGCGGCUGGUAUCGUCUCUUCAUUAAUGGCACAAGCGCUCAUAUUCCACAAACGUGCAUUGCAAAGUGGUACUGUGGCACUACUGCCACACUGUGGAUACCUGAUGGACACCCAACAGUUGAGGAUGGAGUCGUCACUCGAGAUGUCUGUGGUCACUGGGACAAUUACUGCUGCUUUUUCGGGUCUUUUCCCAUUAGAGUCAAAGCCUGUCCAGGCAAUUACUAUGUCUAUGAGCUGGUUAGUCCAGCUGUGUUCUGUUCAGGAUACUGUGCAGACACUGGCAGCAUUAACACCAGCUCUAAAUCUGUGACACCAGUGACCAUCUCAACAGUUAAUCUCUCUGUUGACCCCUGCUACAACUACACUGUGCUGGACGAUCCAUGGAGAGCCAACAUCAGUCAAUAUCCAAACUCCCAUAUGUGUGACUACUCUGUCACUUGGAGCGGCUGGUAUCGUCUCUUCAUUAACGGUCAGAGAGCUCAGAUCCCAGACACGUGUGUUGAGAAGUAUAGCUGUGGCACUGAUAUCCCACUGUGGAUACGUGGUGGACACCCAACAGUAAAUGAUGGAGUCGUCACUCGAGAUGUCUGUGGUCACUGGAAAAAUUACUGCUGCUAUAUUGGGUCUUUUCCCAUUAAAGUCAAAGCCUGUCCAGGCAAUUACUAUGUCUAUGAGCUGAGUCAGAACUGUUUCCAAAAUCUAAUUGAGCAGAUCGAGAACAUCUCUGCAUCUCAAGUGCUCUCUGUGACUACUGUGACCAACAUUUUGACCAUGGCCUUCAACGCUUCAGAGAAGAUUUUAGAGUCAUCAUCAUCAUCAUCAGUCAGCCCAGCUAAACUCGCCUCCCAAGGAAACAGUAUGUUAAAAACCAGUGAGAAACUCAUCUCUACAUUGGUGAAGCCGACAGACACAAGUGACAAUAUCAGUUUUACUCUUGCAGCUGUAGAGGGACAAGUCUUCAUGGUUGGACCACAGGUCACCUUAGAUAAAAUCCCUCGACUUGACACGACAAAAUCUUCUGUGGACAUUGAUCUCAUUGGGAUCGCUAACAACAGUGAAACAAGAUCAGCUGCUGUGGCUUUCAUGAGCUACAACACAAUGGAGAAUCUACUGAAGCCUGACUUCUUCAACACAUCAAAUGACACGAUUAAAACCAUGAUGUCCACUGUGAUCUCAGCUACUCUUCCCAAAACCACCAACACUAAACUCACCAAACCAGUCAACUUCACCCUCAAACACAUCAGAGAGUUCGACCCCAGCGGUUCUCUGUCCUGUGUGUACUGGAAUAUCAGCGAGUGGAUUGUAGAUGGUUGUUCUGUUUUAGAGACCAACAGCAGCUACACUGUGUGUUCCUGUGUUCAUCUGUCGACAUUCGCUCUCAUCAUGCAAACCAGCAGACCACCAGAGAACGAUUCACUGCUGGAGAUGUUGAAUUUGGUGUGUGUGAUCGUGGGGCUGGUGUUCUUCAGUUUGGCUCUGUUGACAUUUGCCCUUUGUCAGUGGAGUCCUGGAGUGAAUAAUGUGGCUCGAAUCAACAUCUGCAUCAGUCUUCUGCUGGCUCACCUUCUGUUCCUGCUCACACAACAGUUCCUGAGACUCAUACGCCGUCAUCAGGUGUUGUGUGCCGUGAUAUCAGGGGUGCUGCAGUUCCUCUUUCUCUCCGGCUUUGUGUGGAUGUUCAUUGAAGCUGUGCUGCUCUUCAUCUGUGUGAAGAACCUAUCACAGAUCAGCUCCAAAAAGAGGGAGGUGCUUAGCAGUGGAUUCCUGUGUGUGAUUGGAUAUACGGUUGCUCUGGUUGUGGUGGCCGUGUCUGUCGGGCUGCUUCCUGAAGGCUACGGUAGCAAACACUGCUGGAUUAAAAUGGAUAAAGGUUUUAUCUGGAGUUUUCUGGGUCCUGUUUGUGUCAUACUAGCGUUAAACAUGAUUCUCUUCAUCAACAUCUUCAUCAAUCUGAACUCAACUCUCAAAAAUCUGAAUGCUGAAGUUUCACAGAUGAAACAAACCAAGAUUAUGGUAUUUAAAACACUGGCUCAGUUUGUGGUUCUUGGUUGCUCCUGGAUUCUGGGUUUCUUCACUAAUGACAGUAAGGUGUUGGAGAUCCUCUUCCUGAUCUUGAACUCCCAGCAGGGAACCUUCAUCUUCCUGGUCUAUUGUGUCCUCAAUAAUGAGGUCAGACAUCACUCAAUUUACCAUCAUAAUCCAUGAGAAAUCAGAAUAUGAAAGACUAUUACAGUUGUUUUCAUGCAGGUUCUGUUUUAUUUUGGAAAUCCAUGUAUUUUAUAGAGGAAUGUCAGAGGAAAUUGUUUAAUCUGUUACUAUUGUUCCAUUUCCUUCCUGUGAUGGAAUGUUCAAAUGGGCCAAAACUGUUCAAUCAAACAGCUGUCAGAAAUUCUAAAAUUCAAAAGGACACCGAAUUCAUUUGAUCUACUGUCUGUCUGA